CAUUUGAGAUUUGUCUUUUGAAAAGUUAAGCUUGUCUUUGUUUUAUCUUGUAGUCUCAUCACGUUGCAGCUUAAAAUGUAUUGUUCAAUCUUUGAGGAUUUGCCAGAAGACCAUCCACGGCGAUUGAUUCCGGCGCUAUGCAGGCAAUUCUAUCACCUGGGCUGGGCGACCGGCACCGGCGGCGGCAUGAGCAUUAAAUUGAACAAUGAGAUCUACAUAGCCCCGUCGGGGGUGCAGAAGGAGCGCAUGCAACCGGAGGAUCUGUUUGUUCAGGAUAUCGAUGGCAAGGAUCUGCAAAUGCCGCCUGAGAUACGAGCCCUGAAAAAGAGCCAGUGCACACCGGUCUUCAUGAUGGCCUACCGACACCGCAAUGCCGGCGCCGUCAUACACACCCACUCCCAGCAUGCGGUGAUGGCCACGCUCCUGUGGCCGGGGAAGACCUUCCGCUGCACGCACCUGGAGAUGAUCAAGGGCGUGUACGAUGAGGCCGAAAAGCGUUAUCUGCGAUAUGACGAGCAAUUGGUGGUGCCCAUCAUCGAGAACACACUCCACAAACGUGACCUGGCCGACAGUAUGUACGCGGCCAUGAUGGAGCAUCCCGGCUGCAGUGCCGUUCUGGUCAGACGCCACGGCGUCUAUGUAUGGGGACAGACGUGGGAGAAAGCCAAAGCCAUAUCUGAGUGCUACGAUUACUUGUUCUCAAUUGCCGUUGAAAUGAAGAAGGCUGGCCUCGACCCGGAGACGUUUGUGGAUGCCUCCAAGGCAUAAAGAAUUCUGGCAUUUGGCAAUUGAUAAAAUAUAAGCAAUGUUUCUUAAA